CCAAGAUGAAUGCAGUUACAUGUAUAUGUACAGAACAGAAGGGGAAGGUGAUUUGAAGUGUUAUUUCUAUAAUUUGACACUACACAGCAAAUUAGCGGUAAAAGGCGAGUGAAGAAAUGUCGUCCGUCAGUGAUAUAUCUGAAAUCCUCUCCAAGAUUGAAGAGUACUUACAACAGUUAAAAGUUGAUAUCAAAGACAAAGUUGACAUUGCCAAGAAAUACUUCCAAACAGACGACGGAUCACUUAAUUUCAAAAGCCUUGAGGAAGUCCAUUCCCACUUGACAAUUUUAUAUGGAUAUCUGCCACAGUUCACCAGUGGCGAAAUUCCAAAGCUACUGCAAGGCGUUGUAGGAAUAGUAGCAUCUAUUUCCUCAUUCACCUGUCUUGGCGGGCCUGUCGUUCCAUUCAUUUGUGGAGUGUUAAGUAAAGUAUUUGCUGCUUUCGGGGGCAACACGCUCACUAUAGGGGAGGUCGUUGAAAAUGAAAUCCGACGAAUAUUUUCUGGCCACAGAUAUGAAACACUUCUGGAGGAGGCAGAGGACCUCCACCUCAUGUACCGUUUUGCAUUUGACUUCCUAAACCCAGCGAGUGAGAAAAGUCACUUUACUGAGCAUGAUAUAACGAACAUGAAUAUUCAAAUGAAUGUUUUUCAAGGUGUUACGUUUCUUCGUAAGUUGGGAAAGCUAAUCAAGGAGCUAGCAAAAGAACACGAAGAGGAUGAUCCUUGCAAAAAGGAAGAGAAGGCAAAGACAGCGAUGCAAUUCAUUGAGUUAUAUAUAAAACUAGCUUCACUACGGGACAUGAUUCUGUUUCAGUUCUAUACAAUCACCAACUCAACACCCCACAGUCAGUAUCUGGCAGGAGGAGUGCAGAGGGUGAUAGGCGCCUUUGAUGAACAAGACCGAGAAUGUCUUGGCCUGUUUCUCAAGCCCUCAAAAGAUUACGUCUACAUUGUUUCAUACGUCAUAGAAGAGAAUUGGUUGCUUUUAAUGCAGUUUCUUGACCAGAAGAAGCUGCUUCCAGAUCAAAGCUGGUUGACAUAUGGAGAGUUUGAACUGCGUUCAGUGAAAUGGCCCGAAUGUCAUGCUAUCCGUUUGAGGUCACAUAGGUCAUUCUUUGGAGACGGGGACCUCAGGUUUCUACGAGGCAACAGCCAAGCAGUCGGACCGGAGUCAUUGUUUUGCUUUAAGCGGAUCAAGAGAAGAAGAACUUAUUUUCAUAUUAAACCGAUAGGAAAUUCUGGAGAGUUUCUUUGUAUGACGAAGGGCCCCAGCCGAUGGGUGAUGUCUCUAAAAGAUGGUCCAAAACACCAGUGCGAAUGGAAGGUUAUCCAGAUGGACAAUGGAAACUAUGUGUUUUCUCCGCGUGCUUUUCCUGAUUAUUUCAUGGGCAUGACUAAGCUGUUGGAUGGAAGCGUUGCAGGAUUUCUCGGGGGUUAUAAUGAACAAAGUCACUGGACACUUCGGGCAUCGGAUUAAAAUCCCAUAAGGCAGCUUUUUAUAAUGUCAUUUAAACCUAAGAACAGUGAGACAUGCAGAAAAUGAUAAACAAAUAGAUUGAAAAUUCUGAGAGUGCCAUAACCCCUCAUUUGUUCUCAAAAAGGUUAUUGGAUAGUGUCGUAAAAGAGAGGGAAACUGUAUUAUAUUGGCUUUUGAAAUUCGACAGUUUGUAGUUAUGUCAAGUGAUGGAUAAUUGUAGCGAAAACAACAAACAAACAAUUAACUGGAUAGUAACAUGAUCUUUAUAGAUACUAUAACUGUGGUAAUUAACCGAAAUACCUAAUACACAAAAUGUACAUGCUUUCUGGUCUCGAACACCGCACAAAAAACUCUUUAAAUAAUUUUAGAUGUGUCUACUAAAAUCUAACUAGUGUUUUUAAACUUCAUUCCAUAGGGGUGGUUUUAUUUCUACAGUUCAUAUAUUUUCUACAAUAAGGUCACCUGUCACCAGGUCCCUCUUGUAUUGUAAGAACACCUACAUCGUCUAAAUUCCAGAAUAACGAUUUCGCUUCAACGCAUCCCCUGGAAUUACGGAGAUGGUAAAUAUGUCUCUCAUGUCAAACUUUCUAUACGUGUAAAUACUGCGAGUAAACACCAUACAUGUCAAAGAGAAGGAUUUGUCGGGAACAUAGGUAUAUUUUACCAGAAAGUUGUACUGUAUAUUUGGAUAAUUUAAAGGGCUAAUAUUUCGCGGUUGUCGCAGUAGAGCUUAGGUCGUAAGUAUUGAAUUUCGCGCAACCACGCCAUGUAAAAAAUCUUCACUUAAUCUCUAUACAUUUGUCUACAUAUAUUGAUAUUCACUGGGUAUAUAUUCUCGCGCUAUAUUUUAUGACCGCAAAUACAGCCAUAUUUACACCUCAUGAAUAUUGCUAACUAUAUCCUACUGGUUAAUCUAGAUUGUAAUUGUACUGUAUUGUUACUAAAGCAUGAUUGCCUUGUUUUAAGUGAGUAUAGCCAUAUCAUAUUUUUGUUUAUGACGACUAAAUAACAUUUCGUAAUAUGACAUCAUAAAAUGAUUAUGAGGACGUUACUCAUUCUAAUUUUCAUGCCAUAAUGUCAAAACCAUAAGGAGAUGAAGAGCCCAAACUGUCCUUAAUAACCUUAUUUGAUAAAAAAAAAAAAAAGGAGUAGAAUUUUAUUUCCAUCACUUAUGGGAUUAAGGAUUCUCGUAAUUUGUUUUUUUUAAUCAAGCUACAUGAAAUGAAACAUUCUUAAGCUCGUUUUCUUAUUUGAAAAUCUUUUAAUAGAAACUCAUGUGAGAUCUUGCAUAUACAUAAUGUAUAGUAUAUGUCCUGUAUGAAAGCAGAUUAGCACCAACAUAAAGUAUGAAAACAUUUUAUUUUACAUCAAUUAACCUGUGAUAGUCACAAUUCAUUUUUGCUUGGGUUUACUUAGAUAACCUGCUUUGUUUUCUUACCAAUGUGAUUAUUGAGUUGUCCAUAUAAUGCUACCCAAAUUUUGUUGUGUAUGUUGUACUUUGUAGACUAACUGUGAUAAAAUGAUUUAAUUGCCAAAAAAUAUACUCGACUGGAUUUGGUCACUAGAUAAGUGCUGAAUGGAUAUUGGGACAAUCGGAUUAGUGAUGGCUGGAUACUGGAACAAUGGGAUUAGUGAUGGCUGGAUACUGGGAAAAUCGGAUUAGUGAUGGCUUGAUACUGUGAAAAUCGGAUUAGUGAUGGCUGGAUACUGUGAAAAUCGGAUUAGUGAUGGCUGGAUACUGGGAAAAUCGGAUUAGUGAUGGCUGGAUACUGGAAAAAUCGGAUUAGUGAUGGCUGGAUACUGGAACAAUCGGAUUAGUGAUGACUCGAUACUGGGAAAAUCGGAUUAGUGAUGGCUGGAUACUGGGAAAAUUGGAUUAGUGAUGGCUGGAUACUGGAACAAUCGGAUUAAUGAUGACUGGAUACUGUGAAAAUCGGAUUAGUGGCGGUUGUGUACAGUUAAUUCGCUAUAAUUGAUUAAGUUGUUUUAAUUAAUCCAUCGUUGCAUUCUCUACAAUAGAUGGGAACAUUUAUAAAUAAUUGUGUCAAUUGAAUAUUAUUCCUGAUGUCGUACGUUAAACACACAGAUACAUUUUAUCAUUGCACUACAUGUAAUAGCCUAAGUAUUAUCACAAUCUGAUAAAACGUACAUAACUGUGAUGCCUACUGAUAGUGAUAGUAUUUUCCUUUCAGUGAUAUCACUAACACACGGAGCAGUGCUAAUCCUGCGGUCAUUUUAUUUUUGUAGUUAUCAUUGUAUCAUUGGUAAUAUACAAGCCAAUUUUUGUGCUACAGAUAGUUUCAUCUAAUGCCACUUUUCAGACAAAUAAAAUAACCAUUUUCAUGAAUGACCAUAAUUUUGUUUUAAUACAUGAUUUCAAAAUAAUUUUCAAAUUUAAUUUCAUAUCGUAAAAUAAAUAAUUUCGAAUUAAUGUGAUGUAAACAAAACACAAUUUCUUAUGUUACCAUAUGCCUCGAUAGAAAACCAUAACUUCACGCUAUUAAGUCGUUAUUGUGUAUUAAGUAGGAUAUAUACUGUAAACCAACUUAUUUUCGCGUCACUUAAUUUCACGUGUACAUACCUAAUGACAUUUUUGCGAAAAUAAGUUGGUUUACAGCACUGAAAAACAAGUCAAUUAAAGCUGAGAGAUUUUUUGUAAUUUUUCAUCAAAACUGGCUCAAAUAAUAAAAGAUAUCGAAUGACGUAGUUCGAAGUAUAUUCAUUGUUUCCCAUCUUCUCAAAAUUAUCCAAUAGCAAAUGUUACGAAAUUUAUGAACUUUUUGGAAUAAAUAUGCUUCUCUUCUGUGUCUUAACAUUAA